CGGCAGCCGCCAGCCCCUCACCGUCCCSUCUCGUCGCGCCGUGCCGAGCCGCCCGGCGGAAGCAUGUCCAAACCCAGCGACCACAUCAAACGCCCCAUGAACGCCUUCAUGGUGUGGUCCCGCGGCCAGCGGCGCAAGAUGGCCCAGGAGAACCCCAAGAUGCACAACUCGGAGAUUAGCAAGCGGCUGGGCGCCGAGUGGAAGCUGCUGUCAGAGGCGGAGAAGCGCCCCUACAUCGACGAAGCCAAAAGGCUGCGGGCGCAGCACAUGAAGGAGCAUCCCGACUACAAGUACAGACCCCGGCGCAAGCCCAAGAACCUGCUCAAAAAGGACAGCCAGUUCAGCUCCAGCGCCAUUCAGAAGAUGACUGAGGUUCCUCACACCUUAGCCACCAGCACUCUGCCCUACGCCUCCACCUUGGGAUACCAGAACGGGGCGUUUGGCAGCUUGAGCUGUCCCAGCCAACACACCCAUACUCACCCCUCACCAACUAACCCUGGCUAUGUCGUGCCAUGUAACUGUACGGCUUGGUCGGCAUCCAGUUUGCAGCCUCCAGUUGCCUACAUAUUAUUCCCGGGCAUGACCAAGACUGGGAUAGAUCCCUAUUCUUCAGCACAUGCGACUGCUAUGUAACACCCACCCACACUCCCGCAGGCGUCCCGUCCCGUCCCCUCUACGAGGGU